AUGGCGGCACCUAGUGCCUCCUUGUAUCUCGGCGUACCUUCGCCUCUGAACACUGGUCAACAGAUGAGCAAUCACGGGAUGCAUGGACACGCCAACCAGCACUACUCCCCUCACCGUGACAUGCCUGAGAUGAAGUACGUACCCCCGCAGCAUCAUCAAAACGGUCACAACCACCACUUCAGCCAGCACCACAACUCGUGGUUGAGUACCAGCCCGCACAUGGAGACUGGACACUGGUCAAACAUGGGUGCGCAUCUACAUCACCAGGAUAUGAAGGUGGGUUCGAUUAACAGCAUGGAUAGCCACAUAGGGACCUUACACCAUCGACCUCAGAGUCAUCAACAGAUGCAGAUGGCGCCACAUAAUUGGCAGAUGCCGCCCCUGCAGAACCUGUCCUCUCUUCAGAACGUCAACCAUUCCAUGCAGCACCAAGGUUACAUCAACAUGAACGGAAUGAUGUCCCCCACGCACCAGAUGCAUCACAUACUUCGAGAACAGGACCCUGAUCUCGACCACCACCCGCCGUCCGACGAGGACGCCCCGACCUCUGACGAUUUAGAAGCCUUUGCCAAACAGUUUAAGCAGCGCAGAAUCAAACUAGGCUUUACACAGGCUGAUGUAGGUUUGGCUUUAGGCACGCUGUACGGAAAUGUGUUUAGUCAAACAACGAUCUGUCGUUUCGAGGCCUUGCAACUUAGCUUCAAAAACAUGUGCAAACUAAAGCCUUUACUGCAGAAAUGGUUGGAAGAAGCCGAUUCGUCGACGGGCUCCCCAACAAACAUAGACAAAAUAGCGGCCCAAGGAAGAAAGAGGAAGAAACGAACCAGCAUCGAGGUAACAGUGAAAGGAGCGUUAGAGAGCCACUUCCUGAAAUGUCCCAAACCAUCAGCCCCCGAGAUCACUCAUUUAGCCGAUCAGCUGCAGCUAGAGAAGGAAGUGGUCAGGGUUUGGUUCUGUAACCGCCGACAGAAAGAAAAACGCAUGACUCCGCCAGGAAACAUAGGUCCUAACGGAGAGAUCCUUAUGUCUGAGGGAAACGACGAUGGAUCCUCGAUUAACGACGGCAGCCCUGGUCAAGACUCCUGCAGCCCUUUACACAACAGCAGCGGAGGAGGAGGAGGAGGCUCCCCGGGGCUACCCAGUUACGUCAGCUCACUCACUCCUCAUUCUUUGAGCAACCACUCCGGCUCGUCGCCGAUGUCUCAAGUCUCCUCGUUACUUUCAUACUCUAUGGGCGGGCAUCAUCACCAUCCGCAGCACAUUCCACUGUCUCAUUCUCCUCCACCACACUUAUCACACCACUACCACCUUCAGCCGCAACAUCAGCCUCUCGGACUCAAACACUCGCCGCCGCUGCACUGA